AGAUCCGAACAGCUGGGAAAUGGCCUCAUGUUCCUUCCUGUCGGUUGUACUUGAAUGUUGUACAUCUCUGACGGAUGUCCUUGAGAUGUAUCAACCAUGGAGACCUUUCCUUCAACAGAUCCGAGUCCUGCCCAAAAGAAACGACGGAUCCCGAAAGCCUGUGCAGCGUGUCGAAACUCGAAGUUGAGGUGUGACGGCGGGAAACCAUGCACCAGAUGCAGGAACGCGAAGGUGUGGUGCGAUUACAUUCAGCCAACCCCAGACCCUGUUCAAGAGAAAUUGGCUCAGAUCGAAGCACAAAUGGAGGCGUUGCGGAGCCGGGUGCCGGAUAUGCCCACUGCCAUGGCACUUUUAGAUCUACAGCGUCGACAAGAGCAGGUUCGAGAUGCUGCACAGUCGUCACCAGCAUAUGGACAACCAUUCCAGGCGGUGGCCAGUCCAGUUUCUAUGAGCGAAAGUCAUACUUCGAAUCCAAGGCAGCUGCAGUACAUGGAUCAGGGGAUUCCAAGUCCACGAUUGUAUGAAUCUUCGACGUUGAAGAGGAAACGUGGAGACUUUGAAUUGAAUGCUGGAAUGGAACCUGAUAUUAUCAGUAAAGGUUUGAUCAGCUAUGAUGAUGCUGUUCUGUAUUUCACUACUUUUUUCCAGGGUUGUGACAAAUAUGUACCGAUCUUUGACCCUCGAUACGAUACUUUCAACAGCGUAAGAGAGAGGAGCUCAUUGCUAUUUGAUGUCAUAUGUGCCGUUGGAUGUCGAGCUGAACAAGGACCUGGAUCGGAGCAAUACCAAUUGCUCAGCAACGCAACAAAAGGCCCUCUUUGUGACGUGAUUCUUGGUGCAGUUCCAAAGUCGAUCGAAACAGUUCAAGCUCUGGUCGUCCAUGCUUCAUAUUCGGAAAAAGGUUGGCUGCUGACAAGUAUGGCUGUGCGCAUGGCUCUGGAUCUCGAUCUGCCUACUUCUUACACCAAGCUGUCUGACUUGGUACUUCAAGGGGAGGAUCAUGACAGAGAAGACGAGUCCAGAUUGAUGAGGGAGACGAGAGUGUGGUUUGGAACCUUCGUAUUAGAACAUAUACUUAGCAUCGACUGUGGCAAACGGCCUGGCAUCAAAGCCAUCGAUGGGAUGAGGAGAUGCAGAGUCCUGUUCAAUCACCCCAGUAGAACGGCACUCGAUCUCAGACUAUUGGCACAAGUGGAGUUGAAUUCCAUCAGAGCACUUGCACAUGAGCGGUUGUCGCCCACGAUGAGUGACGAGGAGAUGAAUGAAAUAGUUCAAGAAACAAGGAUUGAUCUCAGUGUUUGGAUUAGUGACUGGUCGAACUUGAUCGUAUCCAACGUGCCAACCGAGGAAGAACGAGCCAGUCUGGUCGUCAACUUGAAAAUCCAGAGAGAAUGGUCUGAGAUGACUAUGCUAUGCAAAGGACUUCAGGGAAUGGGUAUCAAUAACGUGGCAAUUAUGUCAGAUUCUCAGCGAAACCUCAUUCAACUAGCAAAGUCUAGUGCCCAACGGCAUUUGUCGACGAUAAUUUCGAACCCAAAAUUAUACUUAGGAACGUUUCGGUAUGGAAUGGACUUUGUAUGGGCCAAAUGUGCAUUUUCUGUGCUUCUUCUCCUCAAAUUGGCCCGCCUUCUUCCAAAUUCCACGAAUAUGUCCUCCCUGGUAUCAGACGCCAAGAUUCUCUUGUCACACCUCUCAAAGGUUCGUGGAUCCAGCAACAUAUAUUAUCGAAUAUUGUGUCUCUCCGUCGAAAAAUGUGAGAAGGCUCUUGGUGGAAAUGGAGCAUCGCAGAGUCCUGAAGGGGAGAAUGCUAUGGAUGCCGAACUCGACUUUCAAACGUAUGUUCCACGGGAGUUCAUCUUGGAGUGGAAUUUCCCUGGGCUAUCCUUCUGCUGGAUACCUUUCGACUUCCAGGACCUCUUCUUGGAUCUCGGUAAUGGCUUCGAAUCGUAGUCUUGCUUUGGUGAAAUAGUGGUAUAUAGUCCGUGUCUCUCUGGGUCGUAAUCCUCUAUACAAAGAUCUCGCGCAAAAGAUUCGCGGAUCUGCGGAUCUAAAUCGACCAUGCAGCAUAACUGCUUUCGAUUGUAACACUUUCAAAACCCCUCUUCUCGAUCUUCAGGCUCCCUGAGAUCUCCAUAUAGAACCUCGC